CUUUGCCUCACAGCCGUGCUGACCUAUUUGACCUGAGCAAAGACCAAGAGAUGAACCUUGCCUACAUUUCUUCUGUUCCACAUGGCGGCAUUGAACAAGUUCGAAUUCACUGGUUACUGGAAUUAGUUGCUCUCAGGGUGAUGAAUGGGGAACUUCACUACAAUUUUACUGCCUUGGAUAACCUUAUGGAUCGCCUGUGGGAAAAUAAGCUAAUUCCAGGAUUUGAAUUCAUGGGGAAUCCAUCAGGUUAUUUUUUAGAUUUUGAAGAUAAAGAACAGGUAGUAAGAUGGAGAAACUUAAUUACACUUCUAGCCAGCAGAUACAUAGAUAGGUACGGAUUGGAGCAUGUUGCUAAAUGGAAUUUUGAAACGUGGAAUGAACCAGACCACCAUGACUUUGACAAUGUGUCUAUGACAGUGAAAGGGUUUCUCAACUAUUAUGAUGCUUGCUCAGAAGGAUUAAGAGCAGCCAGUCCUCUACUAAAAUUUGGAGGGCCUGGGGAUUCCUUCCACCCCUUACCCAAGUCACCCAUAUGCUGGAGUCUUCUGUGUCAUUGCUACAAUGGAACCAACUUCUUCACAGGGGAGACUGGUGUAAGGCUGGACUACAUCUCUCUCCAUAAGAAGGGAGGUGGGAGUUCUCUCUACAUCUUGCAACAAGAAGUAGAAGCAGUUGAACAAAUUCAGAAGUUGUUUCCAAAUUUUGCUUCUGUUGCCAUAUACAACGAUGAAGCAGAUCCAAUGGUUGGAUGGUCCAUUCCACAACUGUGGCGAGCUGAUGUGACCUACGCAGCUAUGGUUGUAAAGGUAAUCAUCCAGCAUCAAAACCUGCUCAUUUCGAAAGCCAACAACACCAUCAACUACACACUGCUGAGUAAUGACAAUGCCUUCUUGAGCUACUACCCCCAUUACUUCACACAGCGGACUCUGACAGCACGUUUUCAGAUGAACAAUACAAAGCCACCUCAUGUCCAGAUGGUGCGGAAACCAGUACUGACUGUCAUGGGCUUGCUGGCACUGCUAGGAGAAAAGCAGAUUUUUGCAGAAGUGAGCAGCAGUGAAGGCAAAAGCACUCAAAACAGCACAAUUGGUGUCCUGGCAUCUGUGCACACCCCAAGUGAGAUGCAACUCUCAGACAGCUGGCAAGCUACUCUACUGAUGUAUUCAAGUGAGGAUAACAGGACUUCAUCCAACAUCAGCACCGUCACGGUGAACACCACCCGCUUCCCCAAACUUAGAGAGCUGGUGUAUGUGACAUAUUACCUGGAUAACAACCAAACCAAUCCCUACCUGAAGUGGAAAAAGCUAGGAAGCCCUGACUUUCCUUCCCCAGAACAGUUCCAGCAAAUAAGGGAUGCUGAGGACCCAGUGGCAACAGGCCCAUUCCCAUUUCCUGAAGGUGGCAUCCUGACACUGAAGCAAGACUUUCCCGUUCCCUCAGUCUUUCUUAUCCACAUCUGUGCAAGACCUAGAUUGGCUCCUGAUCAAGUGACUGCUGUUCGUUUGAUCCCUCUCACAAAGGGGCAGGUCAUUGUGUUGUGGGACGAUGGCUGUGUAAAUUCAAAAUGUAUAAAGACAUUUGAAGUCGAGUUCUCACCAGAUGGAAAAGCAUACCAGCGGGUUAAUGCCAAAGACACAAUAUUCACUCUCUGGGUCUACAGUCCAGGAAGCUCAGUCUCCGGCUUUUACAGAGUGCGUGCCAUUGACUACUGGGGCAAGGCAGGCCUGUCCUCUCUUCCUGUGGAGUACGUUGAAGCUUUCAAGUGACUCUGAAGAGUGGUGCCUGGCUUGGUGACUGAGUGGUGUAUGCUCCCUGCAAAUGACAACUCCCCAGAAAAAUAAACUCCUCCCAAGCUGAGGAGGGAGUAUCGAAAGGUCCUGAUGAAGCAAGUUAGGAAUGCAAGUUAGAAGCAACUGCCCCUAUUAACUCUUCAGAGCUCAAAAGACAGUGUUAUCAAACAGCCGCAACUGACAACCCAACAGGUACAAUUGUAAGAGGCUGCCGCAGGACGGGGAUUCAGCUUGGUAACUAGGAAUUAUGGGUAUAAGUAUUUAUUGUUCCCUAUUUUACACUGAGCCAAUGGCCAGGACAACUAAAGAUUUAUAGAGGUCACAAACUGCAGCAGAAACAGAACCAUCACUUCACUGUAUGAGUGAGGAUGGUGGCAAAGGCACAAGGAGGACCUGUCUGAGAGUGAACUGCCUGCCUCAGCUGCCAUAAUGGUUUGAUGGAAAAGCCCACAGCAACCAGAUGUGUCCAGAGCAUGAAGUGAAGGUUAUGAAGUCGUGAAGACUAACCUGCUUCCCCGCUGGUUAGUCACACAUGCUCCAGUGGGUUAUUUCAGAGCACUUGCCAUGUCUUCAGAUGUAUGAGGUUCUCCACCCUCUCACAGAGGGGUUUCCACCCAACUCUCUCUGCAUUUGUGGCUGUUAUUUGGAUGCCAGAGCUAUUCCCUUCACACAGGCAGAGGAAGGGGUAGCAGCUCAUCCUCAAAGGGGAAGAAGGCGCAGGAAGCUCUAGCCUCCAGACUUUCUGCCUUUUCUGCUUUCUGCUUUUGCCCAAGUCACCUGUUUGCACUGUGGCCAUCAACCGCUGCCUCUUUGUGGUAGAGGCUCUAACCCUGAAAGCCCCUCUUUCUCUCCGUUGCUGUCACCUAGCCGGGCCUUCUACAGCCCUUACAGCUAACAUCUCUCCCCAGCAUGCCUCCCCUCUCAGACUGUAAGUGACCUGAGGCUUGGCUUUGAGUGGCCAGGAGAAAGCUGAAAUGCUAGUUAGAGCCUUUUGUGUUUUCAUAUUACAGGAGAGCACACUCUUGAAUGUAACAGGGCUACUACUGACAACCAGUUAGGAAAUUAACCAAGAACAGUUUGAGCUUCUGUGCUUUGCAAAGCGUGUGCACAAGUGUGUGAUAGCCCCAGAUCAUGGGCUACAGAACACCUCUGGCUGUCCUUGUGGCUGCCAAACACUUUAUGUAACAGCAAAGUUCCCUGAAAUUGCAGGGGUGUUUUUUUACUCUCCCCUUUUCACAACUGACACAGUUUGAACUGUGCCUUUAAAGUGCUUGUAGAGGGAGGGAUAAUGCCAGUGAAAACAGCUGGCGUGUUUUCCGUAAGAGGAGCAACUUUGUCGCACAAACAAAUCCCCUACUGCUCUCUUUGCUGACAUCAGCCACCUCACCAACAUAACAACAAAGACUACGUAUUUGAUGAAACAUUCAGGUCUCAGACAAAAAAAACAAGUUUACGCAGUAGGAGCGAGCUGAACUACCUCAAAUGGCCUCACUUUUACAGCACAGAAAAGAAACAUAUACAAAAGGUCAGUAUAUAUGAGAUGGGCCCUUGUAUCUCCUUACCUUCUGGUUACUUGUUCAUGUACUUAUGCUGCAAGUUAGCCUUAAAAGAUUCAUUUUGUCACAGAAUUCAGAUGAAAUAUUUCUUGCCUCACUGAAGUUUGAAUAAGGAGUGCUUGUCACAUCCUAAUUUGCCAAUUCCUCUCCCAUAAAGGCUUGUGCAGAACCGAAAAGGGCCAUUGGAGCCUACUUAAUUGAUGACUUUCUCAGUUUCAGAAAAGUUAGUGAGAAGUUCUACUUGGAUGGAGAUAGAUAGUAAAAAUACAUUUCAAAGUUGUUAUAACUGUCCCUAAGUGAAGAAUCAGAAUACACAGUUAAAUAAAAUCUAGCAGUUAAGACAUAGUGUUUUGCCAGUAUGAAAUGGAGCCACAAUAAAAAUUACUUUUAGAAAUAUUCAAGUAUAGGUCCUUCAGAGAUUUCAGUGCAUCUGAAGCAGGGGAAGAUACAGGAACUUGAGAGGACAGUUUACCCUUUUAGGAUGGCCUAUUUGAGUAGCAUUCGGCUUUAAAAUUUUCCCACACUGGCAAUCAGAAUAUAGCAGUCUUUAUGAAACCAAGGACCAUGCACUAGUUACAGGUGUUUGAAAAAAAAUGGAGCAUAGCUGUCAUGAAGAGUAUUGAUUUUGCUAUGCAGGGAUGUAGUAGAAAAUGUGUAGGUGUGCAAAUCAUGAAAAAAUAAAAAAUCAGAAAUCACUGCCCAGCAGGCAGUGGUGAGUCGUGGUGGAAUGUUUGGCUUUUGCAAAGGUGCAGAACAGAGAAUGGCGAUUCACUUACUCUUUCACGGUAUUGAAGUCUGUCCCUAUGGCAAGUGAUUUCCUUUAUGGCAAGUUACCAUCUUUUAGAAGAUUUUAGGCUGGGAGUUCUGCUGGCCCAGGAUUUCUGCUUCUCAGCAGUGACAGACAUGAGGCUUGCAGCUGCCUCUUUGAAGUGGUUUGUAAUUCUCAUGCUUGCUUUUUUUGUCCUGUUAAAAAGCAAAUUAAGAGUGCUGUUUUCGCUAAAGUUUCAAGGUAAAAUUUCAUACAUUACUGUAUUGUUUAUUGAAGCCACAAAAAAGCAGAGAUUUUAUUUCCAAGGGUAGAGCUUAACAUGUUGUAGAUGCAAAUAAAAUCCAGUUUCUUAGGGUCAAAUCCAGCCACUUUGAAAAUCUGUCAAUAGGUCCCUCUUUUAGGGCUUUUACCUUAAACAUCAUCCAAAGUGUGGGAGGCACAGUGCUUUUUCAGGUAUUUUCCUGGCAGUGGCAAAUACACAUGGAAAGCAGAGCUGACCAAAAAUGGUGCACUCUGUUCCGAAACAAGUUUUGAAUAUUCAGCAAGAUUUUUUUUUCUUCUUCUUCUUUGCUGCUUUGGUAUAAAAUUAUUCUUUUAAGCAAUGAGCAAGUGUAAACUAUUGCAGCAGAGAAGAGAAUUUGUUAUUUCCAGGCUUGAAUUUGUUUCUGACAAAGUAUAGAAGUUUUAGGCUGCCCUUGUCUUUUUUAUAAUUCAAUGUCUACAGAAAAAUGCUAUUUAAUACUUGAAACUUGAGUUUUCUGUAACCAUCUGUCACUGACUCUGUCUGAUAGGGCUUCCAAAAUUGGAUGUUUAACUCUACCAUCUCCUCCGUUACUGGGCAGUGAUCAGCCCACCUCACAGUUUCAGUUUUCAGAAGUGCCAGAUGUGCAGAGCGCUAAGUGGGAGUAGCAGGUGCUUAGUAGUUCUGUAGCUUCGGAACCAAAGCAAGACUGCAGAGCAAUCAGGUAUGUCUCUUCCUGGCCAUAUAGCCAGAUAGGAAAAUCUAACUGCAACUGCAAGAUGAGAUUGUUUCCCUGCUCUUCAAGCAAAAGCUUCUGAGGCUAUGUAACAGUUUUGCAACUGUUUGUUAAAAUGAAUGCUAGGGAAAAACCUUUCAAAGGAGUGUUUUAUAUUGUCUAAUUGUGUAUAUAGUGCACUUGUUACCAUCUUUUGUGCUACCCAAUAAGACCAGGUUUUAAUCUUU